CUUCCCGUGCCGUCCCUUCCCUUCCCUUCCGGCGGGCCGGCGCCAUGGGGCGGCGAAGGCUGCUGGCGGCGGCGGAGCGGCUGGCGGGGCCCUGCCCGGGACAGGCGCGGUUCCUGCUGUGGAUGCUCCGCAGCUCCCGAGCUAAUAAACAUGGAGUAGAAAGGAUAUGUCCUUACUGCUUCCAGUUCCUGGUUCCUGACAGCUACCGGGUGCGCCUCAAACCAAAGRUGAAAGUGACUCCACAGAUAGAGAAAGUUCUUAAACGAGAAGCAAAGAACCAAAAACUUAACAUGAAGCAGACAAAGCUUUUGAGAAAGUACAGGGAGUCAAGAAGCAUUCUGCUGGUUACUUGCAAAUCUUGCAACAAAACAACAAGACAUUAUGGUAAAAGCAGAGAUUUUCUGGCAAUCAAAACACCAAAUUCUGGCACUCCAGGUAUCAAAUCCAGCCUGAAGACACCAGAUGUMAAAAUUCAGUCUGCAAAGAAAAUGACACCUGUAAGCUGCAGCAGGUUGGGAUCUAAAGGAAACAAUCCCUCAUCACUUUCCAGGACACGUGAAUCGGGACAGGCAACAACCAACUCUGCUUCCAAGACUCCCCGAAACUCCAAAUUUCACUUUUCUAAGCUAAAACGGAUGCUCGACCUUGAAGAAAAAGAGAAAAGCCAGAAGGCAGAUUUCAAAGCUUUCUUGACUUUACUUUAGUUAUAUAUUUUUUCAAAGUAAUAAAGAUUACAGCAAUAAAUAUUGUUCCAGUUUUAGUAAGUCAACAGAGUGAUUUUUUUAAAACUCAGGCUACCAACCUGUACCUUGUUAAAGCAUAAGCCAUACUUUUUAGAAGCAAGCUCUGUUUCAAGUGAUUGUCUGCCAGAGGAAGAUGAGAAGAUAGUUCAAUAUGCUUGGGAAUCUUGAGCAUGUUUUGCAGUGUCUGAUGGCAUGGGAAUUAAAAGCUGGCAUUUAUCCUUUGAGGAAGCUGAUUAUGCUCCCAACAGGACCAUUUAAUUUUCAAGAUUAAAGAUUUUCCAUUUAAGUUUGGCACAGAGAUGAGAGAGGACAGUAUAAAGUCACUGUUCAGGACUGAGAUUAUAGCCUGUCCUGCAUACAAACUGCAGUGAUAGUUCUGCAAAUGGUGCUUCACACUUCCCCUGUAAGAGCCAGUUAGUUAAAAGAAUUUACAUUCUUGGAUUUAAAGGUCUGAAUUUUCCCCUUUUUUGCUAUUUUAAUGAAUAGUUUCCUUUAAAAGCCUUCAGACUCAGUGAACACUGCUUAAGAAAUAGAACUAGCAAAUAACUUGGCAGACUGAGAAGCAGUCUAGGGCAGGGGAGAACAGUUUUUUGCAAAUUGUAGUUAGGAGUCUCAGAGACUGGCAUGAAACUUUUUGAUAUURCCUGUACACUUGCACAGUAACUGGAGAUUUCACUCUUUGUCUCUUAUGUUCAUGUAGGAUCAAAUGAACUGCCAUUCUUUAAUGAAAAUACAAACCUUGGAGUGUUGCCUUUUCCAGUGUAGAACCUGGCAUUAAUUCACCUGUUGCUGUAUUUACAAUCCAGUCCUCGAAAAAUACUUCAUUUUGUUGACACAAAAAGUGCAUUGCA